AAUAGACCGCGGUGCACGAAGCAUGAGCACGAAACGAACUCGGUCUCGUUCUCCUGAAGUCAGUCUUCCUGCGAGACUCGCAACGACAAGACCUUAGUUAUACAAUACACCUUUUUUCGCGAAUGAUGCAGUACGUGCACGACAAAAAACGAAAAUUUCGAAAAUCGAUGUGAAAAUUUAGUGAUGUAACAGCAUCGAAAUUUCUCUCAAUUUUGGAUUAGGACCAACAUUCAUAGGCAAUGCUGAGGUCUCAGAGCAAAAUUUUUGGGCUCUUGCUAUUGGUUAGCGCAAGGGCCGCAAUAGUUCCUCCACCCUGGGCAAAUCCAUCCAGCAAUCCCUGUGCAGCACAGCCGCGAGGUUGGCAACUUCUAUUUUGGCCAGCGGAUGGAAAAUGCUACAAAAUAUUUCAGAUAGGAGCACCUUGUCCAGAAACAAUGGAAUUGGGCCCCUCCGCGGAAGGUGAAGGAACAGUAGCAGAAUGUAGAUGUCCUCCGGGAACGGCCCAAUCGGCAAGGGAUGCCCUCUGUCAUCCAAUAUUCACCAGAGCCUCCUGUCCUAGAGGCCAAUUCUUUGCCCCCGUGCCAGAGACUGAGAGCUCAAGGAAAAGGUGGGGCGUCUGCCGAGAUCCGGAACCCUGUUCAGAAAAGGGAGACAUCUACUGGCCCAGGGAUGCAACUUGCUAUCCGAAAUUAGCAAAAGGUCCUUGCUCAAAAGGUGAACUUUUAGUAGUAGGCGAAGACGGCUUGGCUACUUGUUCUUGUUCAGAGAUGGGAGAAUUGGGUAGAUAUUAUUCGCCAGGUGAAGAAGGCGGAUGUUACGAACACUAUACACGAGGACCUUGCGCUGAAGCUGGUGAAUUGUUCUUACCUGGUGGAAAUUGCGGGUGCCAUUCUGAUCUACCUCAUUAUUAUGUACCUAACAAAAUGUGCUACCAGUUGGGUGGAAUUGGACCGUGUUUGUCUGGGCAGCACUUUGUAAUUACACAUGAAGGGGAAAAUUUAGAUGACCAAAAUCCCCUUCAAGCCACAUGUCAAUGUAAGCCGGGCUACGUACCCUACAAAAAUGGACUUUGCUACAGGGUCUAUACAAAAGGACCUUGUGAAAAUGGCAACAUACUAGUGAAUUCUACGAGUUGUCUUCCCGUCCCCUGCAGGCGUGGAAGACUCUUCUUCCCUCUCGAGAAGACCUGUUACAAAACAGGAUCCCGUGGACCUUGUCCGAGUGGACAAAUUGUAAUCUACGAUUACAGCACGCGACCCUCUAUCGACGGAAUCAGCUAUCGAGGAGUUUGUGGUUGCACUAAUGCCCUGAAGAAUUCCGGAAAGUGCUUCGAAGAUAAAGCACUUAAUUGUGAUGAUGUUCCCGGCACUGCAUUUUUAAACAAAACUUGCUACAAGCUCUAUACUCAAGGUCCUUGUACUGAGGGCGAGUGGCUGGUCGCUCAGCGGGUACCAAAGGAAGCUCUUUGGCAACAGGGUAAAUUCCCAAGGGUGAGAUGCGAAUGUCGUCCUGGAUAUACGAGAAUCAGUGAAAAUGAAACUUCUGAUCUCGAGAUUAAUAAUCUCAUUUCUCCAGGUGGCUGCCAGCCUCCUGCAGUCAGCCUCGCUAGAUUUUUAAAUGCCAGAGUCAGGUCUAUCGGGUUCUGACCUCUUGACUUAGACCUCGAAACAAAACUUUUGUGAAAAAUAACUGUGCCAAGUUUCUGGGAGUUAGAGACUGAAACCUCGAAAAGAAUUUUUCUAAUAGUAUUUAGAAUAUUCACGAGUGGUUUUUUGUAAAUUCUUGUAAAUACUUAGACGCGUUUCACGUAUUCGUCAAGCGAGAGCCAAUCCUAGGAUAAGUCAUGUAUAUAGUUCGAAUUAAACCAUUCGAAAAUA